AUGACUCUACUGAAAUUGUGGCAAUUUUUGGCAUUUGGAAUUCUCGCAGCUAACUUUGCUAUGUUCUAUUUGUUUAAGGCUGCCUUUAGGUUAACCAAUUUACGCUGCACAUCUAAAAAUGAAAGUUUGGGCAUUUUUAAAAUAUGUUCCCUGAAAGCUGUCAAACGGGAUGUUGUCGAAAUCAAUGUUGAUUUUGAGCUGCGCAGGAAACCAGUAAAGGAAGCAGAUUUCUUGCUUCGCUUCAAGAAACGUGGUGAACUUGGCAGAAAAGCUCUCUAUAAUUACAAUAUUGACUUCUGCGAAUUUCUUGGUAGUAAUAGGCGAAAGCCCUUGGCAAACUUGUUCUACAAUAUUUUCGAGCUGCAAACUUGUUCUAAUUUGAAUCACACCUGUCCUUAUAAUCACAAUAUACUCAUUAAAGGGUGUCGCAUAAAUUCCGGAUUGUUACAGGCCCUACCCAUACCUUCCGGCGAAUAUUCAAUUUGGACAAGCUGGAUAAUUUUUGGUCGACCAACUGCUGAGGUAGAAGUUCUAUUAAAGUUUGAAUGA